AUGUCGACGACGAAAUUACUCUCAGCGGUGGUUUGGCUUUCGAGCCUCUCCUUGCCUACAAGAGCCUUGGAUCCAAGAGACGACCUUACCGAUUUCGAAACUGAAGAGGAAAGACAAGGCAAGGGCAAGGGUAAGGGCAAAGGAAAGGGAAAAGGCAAAGAAGGCGUACCGAACGUUCCCGUCACGACGCCCGGACUCGAUGCCCUACCCACAACCGGCACCGAUGCUGCGCCUGUCCUCGGGCCUGGGACGAACAAUGGGGAUCCAAACAAUCCCAACAAUGGAGCACCUCCCCAUAACGAGGAACCGCCGCCUCCUCCUUCGGAAAACCCUCAGGUCCCCGAAAACCCUCCAAAUCAGGAGCCUCCUCCACCACCUCCCCCACCAGAGGAACCACCGCCGCCGCCUCCCCCAGAAGCGCCUGCUCCUCCGCCUCCGCCUCCACCCCCGGAGACCACCGCACCGCCGCCUCCGCCUCCGCCGGCGCCUACCGCCUCGCCCCGUAGUCUCAACUUCAAGACCUCCGGUGCCAUCAGUCUCGUCUUCACCAACUCCAGUUCGCUCGUUUCCUCCACCGGUCUUUUCCCAGCCGAGUGCACCCCCACCAAACUUUCCCCAACCGUUUCCACGACCAAGCUCAACUCCAAAGCUUCCUCAGUCAAGCUCAACGACAUCUGUUAUCGUUGUACCUCCGCCGCCGACAUCAGUUCCACUGACCACAUUGCCGCCACCUGCUCAGCCGACUGA